AUGCUUCCGACAACGCGACGCAUGUUGCAGCACACCAUCCGCCGUUGUGCGCCGCACGACCGCAGCAAAACGAUCGGCUUCAUCGGUCUAGGAGCCAUGGGCAAGGAGAUGGCCAACAAUCUCUUGUCCAAGACGCUCGCUGCCAAUCCCGACCCUGCAGUCACAUUCGUCGUUCACGACACGUUCGAGCAAUCCAUUACGCGCUUUCUCACCGCCAACACAUCGCUCUACCCUAACCGCAAUAUUUUGGCCGCAUCUUCCCCGGCCGGAAUUGCAAAGCUAUCGGGUACGAUUGUCACCAUGCUGCCGUCUUCGCCGCAGGUGGAGAGCGUGUAUACGCACGAGAAUGGGAUUCUGGAAGGCUUGGAGUCGUACAAGUCUGCAGGGGCGGAUGAUGUUCAGGCCAAGACGCUGUGUAUCGACUGUACUACGUUGGAUCCGGAUGUGGCUGUUCACACUGCGAAUGCGGUCAAGAGCGCCAAUGACAACGGUGCGUUCGACAUGAUCGAUGCACCCGUGUCCGGUGGUGUCGUGGGGGCAAACGCCGGAACGCUCUCCUUCAUGGUUGGCUCCGAUUCCACCGCUGCAUUUGCUUCAGCCGAACCCUACCUCUCACUGAUGGGAUCCCGCGCCAUCCACUGUGGUAAAAACGGCAACGGUCUAAUCGCCAAAAUCGCCAACAACCUCUUACUCGGAAUCUCCAUGCUCGGUGUAACCGAAGCCAUGCUGCUCGGAACAGCCCACGGUCUACCACCCAACGUCCUCGCCGGGAUCAUCAACACUUCCACGGGGAAAUGCUGGUCGAGCGAAGUCAACAACCCCUGCCCCGGUGCACUCGAAGGCACCAAACACUCUCCACCCGCCGACCGCGACUACACCGGCGGAUUCGCAGCUAGACUCAUGGCGAAGGACCUCAAGCUCGCGAUGAACACAGCAAAGCUGCAGGGCGUACCGACACCACUGGGUCAGCUGACGUCGAGUAUCUACGAGGCACUCGGUGGUAAUGAUGAGUUUAAGGAUAAGGACUUUGCCGUUGCAUUCAAGGCGUUGAGCGCUGCGGUGGGGAGGGAGGAGUUCAAGGGUGGGAGGCAGAAGACUUGA